UGGCAAUUGUCGUCGACUGGUUUUCUCAUUGUGUUUACAAUCGUUGGAUCGUGUUUCCACAUGUUUCCGGCAGGGACAAUGCUAACACGGGAAGAUCGAGCCCGUUUGCUGCGUGAAACGGUUCUCAAAUCCAGCACGAUUGACACGCAUCCCUCUGUUGACGACCCCUCUGACCUGCAAGUACCCCAUACGCGUCGUGGCUUGGAUGCAGCAUUUUUGGAAGCUCACGGGUUAAAAGCGAGCAGACACGGUAAUGAGUCUCCAGAGGUCCCGCGCCAAGCAAGCCCAACGAGAAACAUGGCGUCCAGUCCUCUUCCGAUGUUGCAUCAGUCGCAAUCUCGAGAUCGGCUAUAUGAUCUGGAAACAAAAGUUCGGAGAUUAGAGACAGAGAACCAAGCUCUGACUGAUCGCAUCGAUCACCUCCAACGAGACAAUCUACACCUCACUGAAGAAAAUGCUACCCUCAAAAGCACACAGGAAGCGACUUUGAAGCAGAACUCAGAAUUGGUAGAUAAAUUUGGGAAGGCAAUGGGCGAUUGGGCACAAAUCACGCCGGAAGAGUGGAAUGAAGCAAACGAGCGUGUGAAUAUCCUCAUAAGAGAGAAUGACGUGCUAAUGGACCAAAGAAAAGCCACGCAGAUUGAAAUCGAACGGCUACAGGACGAGCUCGCUAGACAGGGCAAACAACUUCGCACAACCACUGAAGACUUGACGCAAUCACAAGAACACUUGCACGCUCUCCAACAAGAACUUUUACAAACAAAUGACCGCAAAUCCGGCGUCGAACGUGAAUUGAAGGCAUGCAUGGAGGAGUUGACUGCCGCCAAUGUUGAGAAUGAUCAUUUGCAUGGAGAACUUAAAAGAUAUGGCGUGGAUAUCAAAGGGUACCAAGGGAAGAUUGGUGAUCUGAAAAGAUCGCUUGAAGAAGUGACAAAUCGAUAUCAAACUCAUGUUUGUGAGUCUCAGGCUCUUUCAGCCAGGGAGCGCGAACUACUCGACAAUGUGAAAACGACAGAACUCGAACGAGACGACUGGAAAACAAAAUAUGCGUCGUUAAGCAGUGAUCACGAGUCCCUUCGAUCCUCCUAUGACGAAUUGCUACGGAUUUCGCGGGGUCUCGAAAAGCGAGUGGCACAAUUGGAGGACCAGGAAGCUAAUGCUCAUAUGGAGGUGCAAAAGUACAUUGAGAAGGCAGAAGACGCCAAACUCGAAUUUGACAAAGCUUUAAUCAGGGAGCAACAGUGCCAAGCGGAAAUCCAGCGUUUGAAUGAACGUCUUUUGGAACUACCGCAGAAGUAUCGGGAGAGAGCGGAUCAGGAAGUCGCUACAAUGCGAGCACAAUUCCUAUCGGAAAAGCGACAACUGAAUAUUGAGAUCACUGCCCUCGAAACUAAAUGUGCGCAACUCCAGCAUCAAUCUGAACGCUCUAUCCGAGAUAAACGGUCCGCGGAGGCCGAACUGGAAAAACUCACACGACAUCUACCCGAGGAGUCGGAACGCUUGGCACUUAUUAUUGAAGAGCUCAACAAUAAAUUGCGUGCGUCAGAGAGGGAAAGGAAUCAAGCAACGCACAAGUUCGAGAGUUUGCAUUCGAAGCUCCUGAGAGAGGAAUCUCGCUUUGAAAAGGAAAAGCAGCUGAUUGCGGAGCGAAGUGAUGACGCGUUUCGGCGACUCCGAAGCAUUGAGAGAGACUUGGAGGAAACCAAGGAAGACCGCGUCAAGCUCUUCACCAAACUCACCGACCUGGAACACGCGCAUAAGAAACUUGCGGAAGCCAAACAAAAGGCGGCCAUGCAACAUGAAGCGGAGACAGCGGCUGUAACACAGAAAUACGAAGAGCAGAUCAAAGACCUUACAUUAAAGCUAGAAUCAGUAACUGAAUCCCACACCCGCACCUGCCGAGACAUUCAAACCCUCCUCUCCGACCAAAAGCGCAUGACAGAAAAAUGGCAUACUGAAGCCCAAACACAAAAGCACCAUCACGCUCAAACCCUACGCACCCUUCAGACCCAGCUUUCUGACUACCAAACACACGUCAAUGACCUGGAGGCUCGGAUACAGACAUUAGACACUCGGCUCAAGGAAACGGUGCAAAAGCUAUCGGAUGAGCGAUGCAUCUCGGCGAGAUUAUCGGCGCGGGUGAGAGACGCUGAGGGACGAUGCGAGGGGUUGAGGAAACAAGUUGUGGCAUGGGGUAAAAGGGAGGAAGAGUGGGCAGAGGAGAGAAAGAGACUGAAACGAGAUUUGGAUCGAAUUAAGCUAGAGCAAGAUCGUAAAGAGCGAGAACGUCUACAUCAAUCCCGACGAGACGAUACACGAUAUCCGGGAAUGCUCAGAACACCUCCCCUAGACGACGAAAGCCAAAUGAUAGAUGACACAUCACGCGAGGUCAUGGAACUCAAAGCGGAGAUUGACCGAGUCAAGCAACGCUCAAGGCGAAGUCCUGGCUUUGAAAGAAUGUUAUUAGAUAUGGAGAGUGAUGGGGAUGAUGAUGAGGAAGAGGAAGAAGAGUGAUGGCUGUGUCUUUUGAAAAUAGUUGUAGUGUUUUUUUUUCCGUGUUUCUAGACAUCUUUGAAGAAAUAGAGUAUACCUGUGAUCAUAUCGUGCAUA